CAUGGUAAAUACAUAAUCAGUCAGCAUGUUUCUCAUUUGUCAAUUUCCAUGCACAAAGGCUGCAUAUGUAUCUAAAAACAAUAAUGCGAAGAAAACAUUUUCACUCAUCCUCCGCUGCUGCAAGUCUGUGCACCUCACAGUUGAUCAACUAAUUUGUUCUACAUAUAUAACCCUCCGGGCUCCUGAAAUACAGUUUGAUUGAAGUUGCGAAUGUGUGGAUAAGAUGGAAUCGAGUCAGAAAAGUGGUCAACAGAAUCAGAUAACCACCAAAAGCAGAACCCUUGCAGUCGGGCAGUCAUCACCUGAAGUAGCAACAACAGCAGUCAAAUCCAUCCCGACUGCCGGCAGUCAAGCCGCCAACAAGACUGCUAUUAAUAAAGUGAAUUGUCAGCAGGUUGCCAAAACCGUCGCAGAUAAAAAUAGGACCACGAUUCGCGCACCGACCUUGCCCCAUAGAUUUAGAGUUGCCCGUCAACAAGGAGCAGGGUCAUCGCAACCCGCACCUCGCGUACGUGUUCCCCCUCUCAUCUCAGUCAUCUCACUGCCACCCCCGCCACCUGGACAUCGAACGCAGGUGUCCAAGGAGAAAUUAAGCAAAUCAGGGACAGGUUCACCAGCAAAUUCAAACUCUGGCACUAAUAGCAGUGGUGCCGCCGGGAAAAAAUUUGCUGGCCCUAUUGCCAACGUUACCAAUCUCACUAAUUGUAAGCGCAUCAACAUUGAUAACAAGAAAAAUACAGCAAUGGAACCAUCAACAUCAAGCCGGCAGCAGCAACAACAACCACAGCACGAUAUGAAGACUCGAAGUCAAAACAAUAAGAACAAUAACAAUGGUCAGAAAAUUCCCGUGAAAUUAAAUGCCGGUGACGGUAUAGAAGGAAUGGGAAAUAGAAAUAGCUCAUCUGGAUCUGACAAAGGAGGUCAAAAUGAGCCACCCUUAUUAGUAGUUGUAACUAAGGGUCUUCAUGACCUUGGCACUGACUAUGAAUUAAUUGAUCUCACCACUCCUCCCGGAUCGCCCCUCCCUCUCGUCCCCCAACGCAUACAAAAUAAUAGUGUCAGCAGCGCUUCCGGUAGUAAGGAUGGGCAAAAUAAAGUUAUUUUGCCUCCCAUUCCUCAGCUUCUGGAGGCCGAUGCCAGCAAGGUUGUGACCUUUGGCAAUGAAGACAUUCCAUUAAUGUGGAAUAUGGAAAGAUGCAAUUGUCAGUUCUGUGGAACGGAUCUCAUGGCUCAAGAAGGUUGCAUGCUGAAUAAAUGCCUUCAUGUAUUUUGCAAGAGUUGCAUCAAGUCCUCGAUAGAACUUCAAGGUGGAUUGCAAGCUAAAUGUCCAUUAACUGACGGUGGGGCAAACCAAUGUUCUGAUUUUCUUUUGCAGAAAGAAAUUAUUGCUGUGUUGACUGCGGAAGUGUAUCAACAAUAUGUGGAGCAAUCCAUGAAAAAUGCUAAACAGGGUAACAUCUUUGAAUGCACAACUCCCACCUGUAAGGGGUGGUGCGAGUUUGAAACAGGACGCAAGAUAUUUUUGUGUUACUUGUGUGCAAAACCGAAUUGCUUGGAGUGCAUGGCGAGUCACGAAGGUAUGGAUUGUGUAGCAUACAAAGCCUCGGGAACGUCAGCUGUAAAAACGACGAAUGCUACAAGUAAUACUCAACAAAAUGGAUGGGAACAACUUCAAAAAUUGAUAUUUUUGAGAAAUUGGAAAUUGGAAAAUGUUAUGGAGCAAUUGCAAGAUGCAGAGAUUUUUAUCACUACAAUGCUUUUUGACUGUCCAAUAUGUAUGUCGGAAGUUGGGGUUGGUAGAGGGAUCAUUUUGCAAGAUUGUCUUCAUAUGUUUUGCAGGGAGUGCUUGGUUGAAAUGGUGAAGCAUUGCGAUGAGCCAGAAGUAAAAUGUCCAUACAUAGAUGCCAACCUUUCGUGUGUUAAUUAUUUAAAGCCAAGAGAAAUCAAAGCGUUGGUUCCUAAAGACAUUUAUGAGCAACACCUCUCUCGUUCGGUUGCUCUGGCCGAAAAUGCAAUGGUGAAUUCCUAUCACUGCAAAACUCCAGAUUGUCCAGGCUGGUGUGAACUGGAGGAUGGAGAAGAAAAUCCCAGAGCAGACGUUUUCGAAUGCUACGUCUGUAAAAAGAAAAACUGUUUAAAGUGUAACUUAAUCCAUGGCGGCAUUUCGUGUGAUGACUACAAGAAUCGUUUGGUUCAGAAUGAAAAUGAAAAAUUAUCCGAACUAGCUUUGCAGAAAAUGGUGGAGAGUGGGGAGGCCAUGAAAUGUCACAAGUGCGGAUGUGUGGUACAGAAGCUUGUAGGUUGCGACUGGCUGGUAUGCUCAAGAUGUCGUUGCGAAUUAUGUUGGGCCACGAAAGGACCUCGAUGGGGACCAAGAGGAAGAGGUGACACUACAGGUGGUUGCAAAUGUGACCUGCGGAACGGAAAACCAUGUGUCAAAACUUGCCAAAAUUGCCACUGAAUUCAUAAUACCUUUGCAUUAAUAUUAUACUGCAACGCAGUCGUGUAUCUUUAAUUAUGAUGGUGUAUUUGUUUUUAUAACUUAACGUAGUUUUUCAUUUUUUUAAUUUAAUUUUUUAUAAUUGAAGAUUAACUUCCAUCAUUUUCACAACAAUUUUCGGACUUAGAUAACUGGUGCACAUUACGAUGUGUAAAUUGUAAAAGAAUUAUUGAAAAUCUUAUACAAGCUCUUCUCCUAUGUACAUGAAUAAACUUUGAUAUGUGACAAUUA